ACCACAUACCCACACCUCUGCUCAUAUUUCCACAAUGAGGAACGCACCACCCCCUUCGAAAAAGCGCAAGAUCAAGACCAUCACCGAAGAGAAGAUCGACUUCGACCCAGCCGCGCGCGAAGAAUACCUUACCGGCUUCCACAAGCGCAAACUUGCGCGGAGAAAGCAUGCAGAAGAGGAAAACGCAAAGAAGGAAAAGGAGGAGAAACUGAGGUUCAGGCGCGAGCUCCGACAACAGCGCAGAACCGACCUUGAAAAGCACGUCAGCGAAACAAACCGCCUCAUGCGCCUCGCAAACGGCGACAUCCCCAGCGAGCCCGAAGAGUCCUCAGACGGCGAAGACUCAGCGACCGGCGAACCAACAUUCACGGGCUUCGACGACCCGAUAAACCACGAAGACGAGUACAUCGACGAAGACAAGUACACAACCGUCACCAUCGAGACGGUGGGCAUAAAUCGCACAGGCUUCUCGAGGCCGGGCGAGGAGGAGGCGGAGUUGAGGCGGGAGCGCGAGGCGAGGGAGGAGAAGGAGAUGGAAGAGAAGAAGAAGAGGGUGUGGACGAAGGAGAAGCCGAGGAGCGAUAGGCCGAAGAAGAAGAAGGUGAAGUUUAGGUAUGAGACCAAGGCGGAGAGGAAGGUGGAGAGGAUGAAGCAGGGGAUGAAGAAGAAGAAGCUGGCGGAGAAGAGGAAGCCCAAGGAGUGAAUGGGUGGUAUGGGAGAUGUUGGUUGAUAUGGCUUGAUACCCAGUUAUGGAUCAUAUGCAUGGGCGGAGUUUAGGCGCAGUAUAAAACAGGUGCAGAAACCUCAAAAUCAACAUGAAAUGUCCUCGAAGUUAGCAAGAUAUUCAAC